GGGCAAGGCCCAGUACAACUGUAUGAUCAGCGCAGCUCAGCCUAGAUCCAGUAGUCGCCGACUCCUGAAAUACCCGCCGCCAGCUCAGCCUGAUCUGUUGAACAUUUGGCGAAAUUUCUCACUCGUCCGCCCUCCUCCAGCUUCCCCCUUUCUUCUGCUGCAACUGUUAUAUAUACGGCACGAAAUAGAAAACAUGACCACUACUAAAGUUGUUACUGGCGCCGUAAAACGCACAAACCUCGGCCCACUGACGACGGCCUGGCCGGUCCCAACAGAAUGCCUCGCAGCCAUUCGACAAUGCGACGAUUGCCAGUUCGGCUUCCUUGCCCAAGCGUGCGGCAACAGCGUGGGUUACUCGGAUAACGUUGACUGCUGGCCGCCGCGGGCUGCUAGCGUUUCUACAAAGUUACCCCUCAGCAAUUGGGGAUUCUACUCUCCUGGGCUAGAAUGCCCGGGAGGCUACACAGCGGCGUGCUCAGCGACCGCAGGGGACGAUACUGCCAACAUGGCCGAGCAGUUUACGCUGCUCUCAGGCGAGACUGCGACCGGAUGCUGCCCUACCGGUUUUACCUGCGGUAUGGGAGGAAACGGCCAGACCUGUAUCAUGAAGGCAACCUCGACAUCAGUUGUGUUUCCGACAGCAACGUGCAAAGGAGGCUCUACGGUUAGCCUCGCGGACGUGACGGUGACGCUGGGUGGUGAACUGUAUGAACGGUGGGCGCCGUUGAUCCAGCUGAAUCACCAACCGUCGGAUCUCCCCAGCACAUCUUCCUCAUCUGCAACGUCAUCCGCGGCGUCAACACGAGGUUCCAGUACGCAGGAUCUGCCUACCACCAGAUCUUCUACAGCUGCCGCAACCUCCAGUGACUCAUCAUCUUCUUCAGGCGGCCUGGGGACAGGCGCGAAGGCGGGCCUUGGUGUUGGCGUGGCAGCGGCCGUCCUCCUCAUCGCGGGGCUUAUCUUCUUUUUCCUGCGUAGACGUAAGGGCUCCAAGAAUGCGGUACCUCAGGAGAUGAGUGGUGAGUCACGCUACCCGCCAAACAGCAUUACCAAACAGUCGCCCAUGAGCCACGCAUCAGCCAUGGCCGACGCAUCAACUAUAAGCGACGCAUCGGCUAAAGCAUGGCAACCCUCUGUUAUACUACCGGGACCUGCACAUCACACCACGUCGAUGACCGCUUCCACGUCUAAAGUACCACUGGUCGAGCUACCUAGCUACCAACAGCGGUCUGAGUUGGCAUAGACGCAUGGUUUUGUAGCAAUUUAAGAACACUCUCAGCAAAUAACUUUAAUAAAAUAGAGAUUAUAUAAGUUUAACUUAGUAUAAAGUCUAUAGUACUUUUACAAGAUUUUUUUUUAAAAUUCAUCUUUUGACGAC